ACAGCGCCCGGGCAGGUUGGAGAGAGGGUGGGAGUUUGCGGAUGAGGAGCGGAUUGGCGUCCUUGGCGGACGCGCCGCCCGGAGCUUGGGGUUCCCUCCCGCGCCUUCAGGGUUCGGGGAGGCAAACUUCACGUACGAGUUGAAGCUUCUUUCGUCCGGUCUCCCACAGGUCCCGGCUUCGGUUUACAGUCCCAGGGACGUGGCCGCUGCCUGGGGGGUCGGGGUCCCGCUCCGGGCCGGGCCGCGGCAGCCCCCGCGGCCAUGCGCCUGCCGACCGCUUCUGGUGUCCGCGGCGGCCGCUGAGGCCCGGCACCCGCGGGGGACCCCCCGAGCGUAUCCCCACGACCGCCGGCCCCGCCCUCCCCAUGCUCGCCGGUGCCUUCCGCGGACGCCGCUGGGCCCCGGUGGGCGUCCUGGCCUCGCUGGCCUUCUGCCUCCACCGGCGGCGGCUGGCCCAGGCCGAGCAGCGGGCGGCCGAUGGCCGGUGCCCGGCUGACCGCCGCGAGCUGGAGCUGAGGAUGGUGCAGGUGGUGUUCCGCCACGGGGCGCGGAGUCCCCUCCACCAGCUCCCGCUGGAGGAGCAGGUAGAGUGGAACCCCCAGCUCUUAGAGGUCCCACCCCAAACCCAGCUUGAUUACACAGUCACCAAUCUUGCUGGUGGCCCGAAACCACAUUCUCCUUAUGACUCUCAGUACCACAAGACCACCUUGAAGGGAGGCAUGUUUGCUGGGCAGCUGACCAAAGUGGGCAUGCAGCAGAUGUUUGCCCUUGGGGAGAGACUGCGCAAGAGCUAUGUGGAAGACACCCCCUUUCUUUCACCAGCCUUCAACCCACAGGAGGUCUUUGUUCGUUCCACCAACAUGUUCCGGAACCUGGAGUCUACUCGAUGUUUGCUGGCUGGGCUUUUCCAGCGUCAGAAAGAAGGCCCCAUCAUCAUCCACACCGAUGAGGCAAGCUCUGAAGUCUUGUAUCCCAACUACCAAAGCUGCUGGAGGCUGACACAGAAAGUCAGAGCCCAGAAAAAGACUGCAACUUUACAGCCAGGGAUCUCAGAGGAUCUGAAAAAGGUGAAGGCACGAAUGGGCCUCGACAGGAAUGAUGAGGUGGACUUCCUGAUUCUGCUAGACAAUGUGGUUGCUGAGCAGGUCCACAACCUCCCGAGCUGUCCCACACUGAGGACAUUUGCACGGAUAAUUGAAGAGAGAGCUGUGGACACAGCUGUACAUAUAUUGCAACAGGAUGACAGGGAAAGUCUUCAGAUGGCGGUCGGCCCAUUCCUGCACAUCCUGGAGGGCAACCUGCUGAGCACCGUGGACCCUACCACUCCUCCCAGCAAGCUGAGAAAGCUGUACCUCUAUGCAGCUCAUGAUGUUACCCUUAUGCCUCUCUUAAUGGCCCUGGGGAUUUUUGACCACAAAUGGCCCCCAUUUGCUGUGGACCUGACCCUGGAACUCUACCAGCACCAGAAAUCCAAGGAGUGGUUUGUGCAGCUCUUUUACCACGGAGAGGAGCAGGUGCCCAGAGGGUGCCCCGACAAGCUCUGCCCGCUCAAGCUGUUCCUGAACGCCAUGUCCCUCUACACCACAAGCCCAGAGAAGUACCACACGCUCUGCUCCCCGGCACAAGCCGUGGAGUUUAGGAAUGGACAGUGACUCUUUAUACAAGCAACUUGAUUUGCAAAUAAAAUGCCUUUAUAGAA